UGAACUCACAUUCCCAAAAAAUAUAAAAACUAUAUUAAAUCAAGAAAGGUUACUACAAGCCAACUCACUUCUCUUCUUCCCCUCUAGUUUAUGCACACUUACUUGUUCUUUUCAUUUUCAUGUUAGCAAACUCAAACCUCUAUUUUUUUUCAAUGCCAAUAUCCAAACAAGAACAUGAAGAUUUGAACUUGAAAGCCACUGAGUUAAGACUCGGUUUACCGGGUUCCGAGUCACCAGAAAGAAGCAGUACCAAUGCUGUGGUGUCAAGAGCCAAAAGGGGUUACUCAGACACCAUUAAUAUUGGUUCUAGCACAUGGGGUUUGUCUGAUAUUGUUAAAAAUGGUGGCUUUUUGGGUGAUAACAAGAAUUCUGAUUAUGUAAAAGGUGAUGUUGCUUCAUCAAAACAUGUGUUGCAUGAUAAUCACUCCCAAGAUUCUCUUUCUGCUUCAAAGGCACAAGUGGUGGGAUGGCCUCCGAUUCGUUCUUUUCGAAAGAAUUCCAUGGCUGCAAAAAACGCAAAAAAUGAAGAUAGCCCGAAUGCAACAGUCGGAUCAUGUGUGUAUGUGAAAGUGAGCAUGGAUGGAGCUCCAUAUUUGAGGAAAGUGGAUCUAAAGAUCUAUUCAAGUUACUUGGAUCUUUCUUUGGCUUUAGAAAAAAUGUUUGGUAGCUUCACCCUUGGUCAAUAUGGUACUCAUGGAGUUCCUAGGAGAGAAGGGUCAAGUGAAAGUCCAUCAAUGGAUCUCCUUAAUGGUUCUGAAUAUGUACUAACUUAUGAAGACAAAGAUGGUGACUUGAUGCUUGUUGGUGAUGUUCCAUGGGGUAUGUUCACCGGUUCUUGUAAGAGGAUGCGGAUCAUGAAGAGUUCAGACGCGAUCGGAUUAGCCCCUCGAGCCGUAGAGGAAUGCAAGAGCAAUAACUAGGGUCCAUGAAUCGCGAUAUCAUGCCAAAGUAGCAAACAAUUUAGCUACUGGCUCGUAUAGUUAUCUUAUGAUUUUUGUGAAGCAAUAAAUUUCAUUUUAUUUCAUUUGUUUUUCCCAUCUUUAGGCUUAUGGGGGCAUAAGCAUAUAUAUAAUGAUAAAUGUCUUUUUUUUUUCAUAAGUUGAUUGGACCCUUGUGGUUGUGUGUGCUUGUAAAUGUUAUAUGUGGUUGUGUUU